AUGGUGUCACUACCACGGUAAAUACAUAGACCUCCCGCACACUCCCACAACCAAAGCCAAAAAAGCCUCCUCCGCCUACCCAUCCUCAGAAAACGAAAGCCAGAAAUAGAGAGAACAAAAGAGGUCAUGGGCUUCACAGCCAAGCCUAAGACUCCUACCACCUCCACCACCUCCCCCUCCUCCGGUGAUAACUGGGGCAUGGGUUUGCUUCUCGUCUUCUUCCCUGAGGACAACUCCGCCAACGCCAUUGUCGAUAAAACCAACAAGCUCUUCUCUUCUUCAACUUCCUCGCCUUCUUCUUCUUCUUCUUCUUCUUCUUCUUCCUUUAAACGAAGCAAUUCCAGUUCCAACAACGUUCUUCUCUCCAAAGCCCAGUCCACCAUUUCUAUCUGCGCCCUUCUCGUCUUCAUCACCCUCCUCCUCUUCACCCUCUCCACCUUCGAACCCUCCUCCAAAACCCACCCUUUCUCCACCGCUUCCCGAAGAUUCCUCUCAUCCCAGAAUUCAAUAAACACACCCAGUCACAUCCCUGAUUUCAAGCCCGGUAACAAUGGCAAUAAUAACCAGAGCGUGCUUCCUUCUUCGUCUUGGUUCGGCAGAAUGUGGGAGCAGAAGAACCAGAGUCAGCAAAACCCCAAGAGAAGCGGUUACCAGUUCGCUCUCCAGAGAAUGGGGACUUUGUACAGGCGCGGGACUAAAGCCAUGACCGAUCUCGUUGCGGCUCAUGUCGACGCGGACGUCACCGAACCGGAGCUCCGGCUAUUUCUCAGACUCCUGCACAGGUCCGGCCUCACCGCCCGCGCCGACAUCGUCUUCAUCUUCGCCUCCUCAACUUCAUCGAAAUUCCGGUCGGCAAUUGAAGAAGAGAACGAGUUCUUCUCGAACCUCGUCGGCCAUUACAGACAACAAUUGAACUCCACAACAUCACCGAGUCAAACUAAACACAAACCCAGUUCCGGAUUCGAUGUCGGUCUGUUUCUCAAACUCGGGAAGAAGCAAACUGAAGAGCCGCUGUGGGGGAAGAAGAGCAGCAGCAGUAGUAGUUUACACAGCAAUAAUUCGACUGAAACCGACCAGCCCGAGUCGACUCAGUUGAGCUACGGCUCGGUGGUGGGGUUCGAGGUGGGCGAGCUUGACCCGGAAAACUCGCUGGCCGGGUUCCUAGACCAUGUGGUUCCAAUGAGUCUAAGAAGGUGGGCUUGUUACCCGAUGCUACUCGGCCGCGUGCGGCGGAACUUCAAGCAUAUAAUGCUGGUCGACGUCAAGAACUCGGUGGUGCUCGGCGAUCCACUCGGCCGAGCCAGGCACAAGAGCGCCGAGUCGGUGCUACUAUCCACAGUACACAACAAGCAUUGCAGCAAGAAAAACUCGGACCCAACUCAGUCCCAUUGCCCGGUUAACUCCGCCGUCAUCACCGGAGGCGCUCGCGGAAUUCGGCGAAUGUCAGCCACAGUGUUAACGGAAAUCGUCAGAGCCGCCAUGCAGCAGCAGCAGCAGAGGAAGAGGAAGAGCACUGUGACAGAGUCGGGGGUUUUGAGUCAACUCGUCGGAAACCAGUUCAUGUUGAAGAACAUCAAUUUGGUCACGUCCACCGAGUCGAUCCCUGACCCGAGUUCAUCGGCACCUGCGUUACUUUCAUCCCACGCAGUAAUUCAACGUGGUAAUAGUAAUUAUCACGAACUCCAUUCAAUUAUCAUGAAGCAAAUUUGUUCUUCAGAAAUAGAUUCUUCUGUCUAUAGGGAUUGUUAGCAAACAAAUAAAGAUCAAAAGAAAUAGAAAUCUUUAUUAAGAUACUGUCCAGAAAAACAAAUUGUUUCUCUAUUUCUUAUUCCCUCCAUUACUCCAAAUUUUGUUGUUACUUGUUUAUAAUAUCAAAUUUUAGCAAUAAAUCACAUUCUUUUUUUUUGU